AUGUGCGUUUUCUACUACCACACGAAUCUCUGUGGCCAUGGUGCUACUCCUGUGGGCAGCGAGCCGAUAUGCCACCCGGCCUUGAUGCCCUAUCAUGAGAUUCAGCACAUAGAAGUCGGCACAAACGAGUUUUGCGGCCCUUGCAAGCAACUUGAUGACCUCGCCAAAGUUGAGCGCAAGGAGUAUCUUUGCACGUAUACUUUGGAUUUACCCCGCAUGAUGAAAAGUAUUGCCGUGUUGCGCAUGUGUUGUCAUACCCCCCCCCCGUUAUUUUCCCCAAGGACCUCGCUCGCGACAGCGCCUCCCCAAAGCAGAGGAGCUUCUUCUUCUUCCAUUGCCGCAAACCCGACAGCUACCCCGACCCAUCACCACCACCACCACCACCACCAUCGCAUCAAACAUUACACAAUGCCUUCCUCCUCCUCCCGCAAAGACAAGACUCCCACGUCGUCCAACGUCUCCAAAUCGAGCUCCAAAAAAGACUCGUCCUCGGGACGUACCGGCGCUCGGCGCCUGCUCAAAGAGCUCGAGACGUGGCGCGCCGAGCAGCCAGAGGAGCGCGGCAUCGAGCGACUCGGCCCCGUGAGCGACGAGAGCUUGAUGCAGUGGGAAGCCGUCAUCAACGGCCACGAUGUCGGCCACGGCUACGACGGCGGCCGCUGGCUCAUCGCCAUUGAGAUACCCGACGAGUACCCCCUCAAGCCGCCCAAGAUGCGCUUCGUCACGCAGAUUGUCCAUCCCAACAUUGCGCUGCAAAACGGAGAGAUUUGCCUUGAUCUGCUCAAGGAUGCCUGGACACCCACGUACAGCGUGCUGGAGUGCGUUCGCGCCGUCCGCAUGCUGCUCAGCUGUCCGGAGACGGACUCGCCGUUGAAUGUCGACGUUGCGGCGCUGCUGCGCGGCGGCGACGUCGUCGGCACGCGGAGGCUUGUCGAGCUGUGGUGCUCCGAGGACAGGGGACGCUAUGAGGGUGCGUAA